CAGCCUUGGGGCUGGAGAGCAGUGAGCGGCCCAGCCGGAGUCUCCGAGGCCCCAGCCAUCCCAGAUGGGUGAAGCUGGGGCGCCCGCCGCCGUCCCCGUCCCCGGGAACGGGAACGGCUCUGAGGGCUGCAGCACGGAGAGGAGCGUCCUGUCCCAGGAGGCCACCAGAGUCUCCAUCUAUGUCAUCUUGGCGCUGGGGCUGCCGCUCAACGGCCUGGGGCUCUGGGUGUUCUGGUGCCGCCUGCGCAGGUGGACCGAGACCCGCGUCUACAUGGCCAACCUGGUGGCGGCCGACUGCCUGCUGCUGCUGAGCCUGCCGGGAGUCCUGCACACGCUGGGCCAGGCGGCGGGGGCCCAGGAGGGCGUCCUGUGCAGGGUCGUGCAGAGCUUCUACUACGUCAACACCUACAUGAGCAUAUGCCUCAUCACGGCCAUCGCCACCGACCGCUACGCCGCCCUGCGCUUCCCGCUGCGGUCUCGCGCCUGGCGCAGCCCCCGCCAGGCCGCCCUCACCUGCCUGGCCCUCUGGCUGCUGGUGUUCGGGGCCGUGGCCCUGCCGGCGUCCUGGCUGCGCGCGGGGGAGAGCUUCUGCUUCGGCCGGGGCCACACCCGGGGCCCCAGGACCCUGGCCUUCUCCCUGCUGCUCUUCCUCCUCCCGCUGCUGGUCCUCAGCUUCUGCUCCUGCCAGGUGCUCCGGCACCUGACCCGCCAGCGCGCGCGGUCACCGCCCCAGGACGCCGCCCACAUCCUCAGAGCCCUGCACGUGGUGGCGGCCAACUUGGCCACCUUCCUGCUCUGUUUCCUCCCCCUGCACGUGGCCUUGCUGGCCAUGCUGGUGGCCCGGUGGACGGACACGGCCUGCCCCACGCUCCAGGCGGUGGCUGCCUUCGUGCAGGUGACCUCCCGCGUCGCCAACGCCAACUGCUGCCUGGACGCCGUCAGCUACUAUUUUGUGGCCAAAGAGUUCCAGGAAGAGGUGGGGGCCGUCCUCAGCACGUCCCGGCCUUUCCGGGGACGGAUGCGGGGCGCUCCUACACGCGACCACCCUGACCGGGCCGUCCGGGCGUGGACGGAUGAGGACAACAGCGCGGGAGAGGCCCCACGCGUGGCCCUGCAGCGCGUGGCGCGGGGAGCCCCGGGCCCCCCCAAGGCGACUCCUCCCCCCUCCGCGGCGUGCGGCAGAAGUAGCCUCACUGCGCACGUGUGACUUUGGAUUUACGGUCCUGGGGACGUGGACUCACCCUCAGCAAAUAGAAUUUAGCCAAGGCAUUAAAAAAUUGCCACCCCACGGAUCUCUUUUCCCAGACGGAUGUCUCUUCCCAGCGCCUGGGCGGCCCCCUCGGCAAGCGCUGGGGAGGGCAUUUCUGUCACCUAUAGACGGUGAUUAGAACCAAAAUCUCUCAGAGGCGACCAGGUCUCUCCUCAGGCCGGUGACACCACUGCAGACAGAAUCCAAGUACAUCCCAUGGGCCGCAGGACGUUCACAGAGACACGGCCACUAAACAAGCUUAAAGACACUCCUUUGUAAAAACCGUUCCGUGGGUUCUUACAGAGCAUCGAAGAGGUCCCGUCCUGACCUUCGGGGAUUCGGGGUGCUUCCCCGAGCCCCCGUUCUUCCGCACCCCUCAGGCCUCCCGGCACCGCUGGGGGCCUCCCACUCUGGGCCGGGCUCGUGGACACCCACAGGCUGAGCUGAGGGUUGGGGGGGUGCCUCUCUCCCCACAACGCUGAGGUUCUCAGGAGGUGUCCACCCUGCCGGGGCCCGAGGGCCCGGCUUGGAAUGGACUUAUGGGAUCGGCACAAACACCUCCACUAGGAAGCCCGGGCAGGACACAGACCUGAGGGGCCCGUGCUGGAGGCUGGGGGCCCCAAACUGGGGCCGAGGAAGCAGAGGUGGGGGCUCCCGACAGCCUCAGGUGACUAGAGGGAGAAUGGGAGCCCCGGACCCCUACCCCCGACACCUGCACCCUCAGACCUGUCUGCCUGGCAGGGCCCGCGGCCGCACAGGGGUAUCUGUUCCUGCGGAAUAUGAGAGCAGCUGGGCCUCUGGGCUGGGCCCCAGGCCGGACCUGUCAGCCUGCGGCGCCACCACCUUCGAGCUGAGGCCAGGACCUGCACGGCCACCUGUCGGAGCACACUCAGGGCGGCGGUGAACGGAGGUCCCGGCUCGGCCAGGUGGCCUUCCCCUCCGAGUCCACGGCUGCAGUCCGGCCACCCUCUGCCCAGCGAGCCCACGUCCCACUCUGGGGAGGUGCGCGUGGGGGUCCAGAGAGGUGGGGGCUCUUGCUCGUUGGGGCUCAGGCUGUUGGCAAGCACGCGGGAGGCACGUGGGCUCACCCCCUUCCCCAGCACCCCCUUUAGGGCGCCUCCCCCCCAGGAGGAGUGCCCCGGAGUCAGCUUGCAGGACUGAUCCCUUUGAGACCCAGGCCGUCCCAGCCUGGAGGCAGCGUUGGGGCACAGCAGGCUGAAGGGCCGCCACGGGGGACCGGACUCCUGGACACCUUGGGUGCUGCUUUCCGGGCCGAGCUCCGGUGUUGACCAUCAGCAGCGUAUAUCAGGACCCGCCAUGCGGCAGACACCCUCUAGGCGCUGAGCCCUGAGACGUGCACACGGGGAGCCUCACAGGCUCACGCGGAGGGGUGGGCAGGGGAAAGGCUGGGCCACGAAGGGCCUGGCAGGGGAGAGGCAGGCCUGGGACGGUGUUCGGGAGGCUUUGCUUCAGACCGGUGCGGCACCUCCUUGUGCUGCAAGUUGGGGGCUGGGCGGCAGGACCAGGACGUCAGUGGGGGCCCGGGAGGGGGGGGGGGGCAACGGUGAAUGUUGACCAGGAUGGGGGCUGGGACUGUGACGGGGCCAGGCCGUCAAGGGUGAGCUGGGGCGGCAAUGGGGGUGCAGCGCUCUCGAGUGGUUUGGCUACGGGGGAAGAGAGCGGGCUGCCAGGAGUUAGGGUGACCCCGGGCAGGUGCGGAGGGGCACGAGGGCCAGGAGGAAGCAGGGGGCAGGCAAAGGCAGGGGACCCAGGCAGCCGGGAGGCAGAGGCGUGACCCUCUGCCCUCAGGUAGGUGCUGUGGGGAGAAGAGGGGGGCCGGGCCGCCCAAGGGGCCAGCUGUGUCCCCACUCACCUCAAGGACACGCCCCGCGCCGCGGGCACUGGCCGUGGCAUCUUUUCCUCUCGCUCACCAGGGCCGAGUCCGCAUCGUUGCCCCUGGCGCUGCUCCCUGGGCGACCUUGGGGCACCCCGGGCCGCGGGGGCGGAGCCGGAGAGGGGCCUUGCCGCCUGGCCCCGCCCACCCCGCCCCCGCCUCCCUCCCUCCCAGGCUGGUGGGUCGGCCGCGGUCCCUACAAAGGUUGAUGCCGGCCGGCUGGUCCAACCCCGUUGUCUCCCUAAAGACGGCUCUGGGUUCCCGAAAAAAAGCAAGGGGCGGCCCCUGGCGCUGGGCACAGGGGGCAAAGAUGGGAGAGACCCCCUCUCCCCACCCAGCUGCUCCAGGCAGGAUUGAGGUUUUAGGUAAUCUAGGGAGGGAAUCCCCAAUCGACGGGGACGCGCCAAAGUGCAAACAGGCCAUGCGUGGUGGGGAGGGCCUGCCAGUUCCCGCGUCAGCACGGGGCAGGGGUCCGGGCGCUUCAGUCCUGUCCUGAGGUCCCCUGACCCUCCGGUGUCUCCUGGCUCCGGGGCUGUUCUUAAAUCUGCUCCAGCUGCCGUAUGGGAACACCACGGACUGCGCGGUCUUUAUUUCUCAUGGUUCUGAGGCUGGAAAUCAGACAUCAGGGGGGCGAUAGGGUCGGGGUCCGGGGGAGGGCGUGCUCCCUGCUUCAGACACCUCCCGGGUCCUCACCUGGAGGGGCUAGGUGGCUCUGCGCCGUCUCUCUCCUAAUCCCAUCACGUCUGUAAUUGGGAUUUCGACCUAUGAAUGGGGGGAGGGGAGUGCACGUUCAGCAAGGAGUAAGUGUAUCACCUAGACCAUGCCUGGCGCGCAGUUGGCAUCGCAGAGUGUUGGCACUCGCUUAGGGAAUUCCACGCCCUCCCAGACAAGGUCCACUUGGGUAGUGAGGUGCCCGCCCCUGCCAUUUCCCGGCGAGAAGCAAAACUGAAACCCAGGGUCCCUGCCCUCUGCCCGAUUCCCGCCCAGCACACGCCCGGGAGCGCCGCGCCCCGCUGUUAACGUGAAAACUACAACCGCGGGUAUUUUACCAGCCAGAAAUGGUUACUUUGGGAAGAGCAGAGAAUUGCAACCCAGGACCAGCGAGCUACAGCAAAACCAUAGGCAAGUCCAGAAAACCAGCUGCACCCACCGUCCCCCGCCCCCGCAGAUCUUUUCUAAGGAAAGCGACUGUUAUAAACUAAAAGCCCAUUGGAGUAAACUAGGCGCUGGUAGUGGCUUCUUAUUGGCUGGGCUGUCUUUGGCUGUGACUGCCUCUCAUUGGCUGGGCUGUUGCAGGGGAGGAGAAAACCUUCCUUCCUCCUGUGGACAGAGUAAAGUGGUGGCCAGCCACCUGCAAGGUCCCUCUCUUCCUCUGGCGACAGAAAAACUCUCUCAAGCGCUGCUAUAUGACGGAAGCCAUUUUAGAUUUCUUUCUAAGGCAGCAUGAAUCUAUAUUAACUUUAUGUUUAAACCAAAAGCCCGAUUUAUGGCCCACCCGCCGUGCAUAUCUUACCCACCUGCUUUGUAAAUGAGUAGCUUAAAGGAAAACCAUCUUGUCCUGCACGUAUGGAUCGAUGCUGCUACUCCGUUGCAUUAAUUAUACUCAUGACAUUAAUACUCAUGAUCCUGCCUACGCGCUAAUCUAUAAUCUUUUUGAACUUUAACAAGAAUAUACCUCUGACGUAUUGAUUUGUGGCUCUUUAUGCAAAAGGUAUAGAACCCUGUAAAAACUGUUCACUCUCUGAAGCACUUUCUUCCCUGCGAAGUUCGUGUUUCCUGGGCAGCUGUCUUAAUCUGGGUUUGAACAAAAUCCUCUAUUUUCCUCUUAUAUUAGUGUUCUUUCUGGUCAGCUUGCCUAGUCACCGGCUGGGUCUGCAAUUGACAAACAGCGCUGGCCACGAGAGCUCCCCCUGCUGGCCUCCAGGCUCCAUGCUAAACAAGGUUUCUUUCUACUUCCACACCCAUCCCACCUCUUCCCAUUUUUACCCCACAGCAGCUCCCUCCUUAGUCCCUCCCCCCCGCCCCCCAGCCUCUGGAACCUGCCUACCACUGCCCUGUUGGGCUCUGCCCAGGAGUCCAGGGUGCUGGGGCCCUCAGACACUGAGCUUGCACAGGACGGCCCAUGGUCCAGCAGUUAAGAAUAUGGUCCUUGAGGGGCGCCUGGGUGGCGCAGUCGGUUAAGCGUCUGACUUCAGCUCAGGUCACGAUCUCCCGGUUUGUGGGUUCGAGCCCCGCAUCGGGCUCUGUGCCGACAGCUUGGA